UCACUCUCGCUCUCUCGCUCUCUCACAACCGAUCGCUGUUUCCGAUCACCGCAUCACUGAGAAUCGUCGCUCCCGAUCCGCUCUCUCUCUCUCUAUCUCUCUUACUCCCGUUUUACGUUCCUUUGUCUCUGACGCACGGCCAUCAAAAUACAGAGUUUCUUAUUAUGGGUGCAAGUGAAACCAUGGUAUUCUCGAAACAACUAGAAGCCACUUGUGGUAUGCAAUCAUGUGGGCUGUGGCACAAUUCUAUAACCAAAGUGUCUGAUGAUGGAAAGAAGGCUCUUCGUGCAGCAAUCAUGAAGAGCAGGUUUUCAGAAACUAUUUUAAAAGCGCAAAAGAAGACACUUUUUGACCAUGAUAAUAAAGUAGAUCCCUUGAAGAUGCAGCGGGAAAAGAAAAGAUUUGAAAGUAUACAACUUGAAGGUGAAUUAAGCAACUUAAUAUUUGCUCCCCUCCUCUCUUGUAACCCCUUUUUGCUCAUGUGAAUGACUAAAAAAAAAAGAAAAAAAAAAAAGGUAACUUAAUAUUUGCUUUACAUACGAAAAAUCAAGUGUACAAUGAUAUAUCGGUUUGUAAGGAUCCCAAGGAGCAAGUGCUUUACUUCGACUUUGCAAGACAAGCUCUUUAUGUAUUUU